UAGCACUCACUCAAGUCAUUCAUUUACUUCUCUUUACACACCCUCCUCCUGGCACCCCAUUUAUUUCUCCACCCAUUAAGGAUCUCACCUCCUCCUCCUCCUCACUUUGACCCCUCUCUCUCUCUCAUAAUUCAAAUCUCUCAAUCUCACACCUCCUCUCUUGUUCUACAUCACCAUCAACAAAAGCAGCAUGCAGAAACCUUGGUAAAAAAAAAAAGAAGAGAUUUUUAAUUGAGUCCCCCUCAUCUUCUCCAACUUCUCCCACCUUUAUGCCUUGUUCAACACCAAACCAUGAAUCGGCUCUCUCAUGAAGCCAUCAAAAGAUCCAACUUUUCCUCUCCCCCUACUCAUCCCCCACCUGCUACUGCUACUGCUACUGCUACUCCUCCUCCUCCUCUCUACGACAACACCAAUUUCCAGAACAAGAUCAGCCCCAGCAUCCUCCUAAUCAUCGUGAUCCUUGCCGUCAUCUUCUUCAUCUCCGGUCUCCUCCACCUGCUCGUCAGAUACCUGCUGCGGCCCCCAUCCCGCGACCCAGACGAGCUCGACGACGCCACCGCCCUCCAGGGCCAGCUCCAGCAGCUCUUCCACCUCCACGACGCCGGCGUCGACCAAUCCUUCAUCGACGCCCUCCCCGUCUUCCUCUACCGCGCCAUCAUCGGCCUCAAGGACCCCUUCGACUGCGCCGUCUGCUUGUGCGAGUUCGACGCCGACGACAAGCUCCGGCUCCUCCCCAAAUGCAGCCACGCCUUCCACGUCGACUGCAUCGAUACCUGGCUGCUCUCCCACUCCACCUGCCCGCUCUGCCGGAGCAGCCUCCUGCCCGAUUACUCCCCCGCCAGCAGCUGCAGCCCCGUGCUGCUCCUGCUCGAAUCGGGCGGCGGCGAGAGCUUCAGGGAGAUCGGCUCCGAAAGAAUGGAGAUUGCCGUCGCCGGAGACGACGAGUUCGGCCCCCUGAGCCACGAGAUUCCCCCCAAAACAGCGGAGAAAGAGGACGCGGGUAUUGCAUGCUCGGCGGUUCCUGAUGAGAAAAUUGUCUCCGUUAAGCUCGGCAAGUUCCGGAGUGUGGAGAUUUGCGGAGGAGAGGGCGAAGGGAGCAGCGACGGUAACAGUAACAGUAACAGUAACAGUAACAAUGGUGGUAACAACACGAAUUUGGAUCAAAGGAGGUGUUUUUCCAUGGGGUCUUAUGAGUACGUAAUGGACGAGGCCUCCUCUCUCAAGGUGCCAAUCAAGCCUCCGAAGAAGAAACCGACCGCCUCCGCCGCAGCGAAAAGGCCCGGCCACCGCCUCGCCAUGUCGGAGUGCGACUGCAAUUCGCGGCGGGAAGGUUUCAAGGGAUUCGACGCCGCCGAGACCGCGCGGCCCGGCACCGCAAUUCAGAAGAGGGAGAGCUUUUCGGUGUCGAAAACGUGGCUGCGGCCGAAGAAGGACUGCGCCGAAUUCUCGCGGCAGCGGGCGGCGUCGUUCCGCCUGCCGUUCCACCGCAACGAGGAGCCGAGGAGGAAGACUGGUGGGGGUGAGCUGGAGUUGGAUUUGGAGGCUGGCAGCUGCAGCUGCAGCAGCAGCAGCAGCAAGAGGCUGUGCUCAAGAGCAGAUGAGGCUCCUUCAUUUGCCAGGAGGACUCUGAACUGGAUUGUGGGGAGGCAAAACAGAGUGGGGAAUCAUCUUUGAAAACUGGAUCAACCAAAUUUGCAUCCUAGGAUUACUACUACUUUUUUUGUUUAAGAUUCUUAUAUAUAUAUAUAUAUAGUUAUGGAAAGGGAAAAGGGAAUUGUGUGAUUGGACAACAAAUUGAAGGUAAAGGAUUUAUUUCAUUUUCAUGAUGUACUUCUUUUUUUCUUUUCUUUUUUUCCCCCUCUCUCCUUUUCCCUUUCUUUCAGAUGAUGGAAUGGUCUUUUAUUUCUCAUAAUUUUUGUAUAUUCUUCUUCUUCUU